AUGAAUGACGACAAACUGCGAAGUCUGUUCGCUUCUCUAGCCACUCUCACACAACAGGGACCGAUUCCCGUUCAAGCCUACAGUAUGCUCGCCAGCCAACACUCGACAGAAGUUCUCGCCGAACACAUGAGACUACGGUGGCUGUCAGAUGGACGGUUCGCUCCGUUGGCAGCGAAUAUUUUGAUGCAUAUUCAUCAAGCAGACACAAAAGACAUUUCGUUGUCUUCAAAUGUUCUCGCUCUUUUACUCAACGACUACCGUAAUCGGCUUUCAGUUCGAAAUGAUUCCAGAUUGAUGUUCCGGAAUAGUGUGAAAACUCUUUUUGCAAUGUAUCCGGUCUAUGUAAAAAUGGAUGAAUGCGUCUCAAAAUGCUUCAUCAAACCCAUGUUCUCGUCUCUCGAUGCUCUCAUUGAUGAUAGUCCAGACACUGAUGACUUGGAAGCAGCUGGAAUUCUUCUCAGCGAAAAUGGAAAAGUGCUUCACGAUUUGAACUCAUAUCUCGUCGAAAGAAUCAUUGUGAAAUUGCGUCAUAAGCUGGUCAGUGAAGAUCCGGUUGUCACAAAGCAUGUCCGUCAAAUUUUCAUCCACGUGUAUGAUCUUUGGGCUUUCGGAUGGAGCGAAAUCAAUAUCCCCGAGUGUCUUUUGACGUUCAGCGCCGAAGGAAAACUUUCGAUUGUUGAUCAGACACCUCUCAGGAAGAACGAUAUCAGCAAACAAGAGUUCGGAAGUAAAGAAAGCAUUGUCUAA